GGGGGGAGUUAGAUAGAGAGAUAGACAGACGUGUUAAUAGAUUGGCUCUCCGAUUUGAUCUCUCUCCUCCGCGGAACAACAACAAGGAUAAACCAAGAUGGAAUCCAGCAGAGGUCAAGGUGGUAUCCAGCAGUUGCUUGCUGCUGAGCAAGAAGCUCAACACAUUGUCAAUGCUGCAAGGACCGCAAAAAUGGCAAGACUGAAGCAAGCCAAGGACGAGGCUGAAAAAGAGAUUGCUGAAUACAAGGCUAAAACAGAGCAAGACUUCCAGAGGAAACUUGAGGAGACUAGUGGAGACUCUGGUGCGAAUGUGAAGAGGCUGGAGCAAGAGACUGAUGCCAAAAUCGAGCAAUUGAAAAACGAAGCAUCAAGGAUAUCCAAAGAUGUUGUGGAAAUGCUUCUGAAACACGUUACUACAGUGAAGAACUGAGAUUUAUAUAAACCAAGUAUAAACAGUGGUUUGUGUAAGAUGGUGAAAAAGUGGGAGUCAUUUUUGAGUAUCUGCUCUCUCUCUCUCUCUCCCCUUCUCUUGUGGUGUUUCAGAGACUCAUCUGAUAUGAUUAUCGCUAUUUAUUCUCUCUGCUUGUUGUAAUAUUCUCUGUGUACUCUUUUUGUAUUCAUAUCUCUGUAAUAAGUUGAGAGCAGAGGAACUCAUUGGAUUAUU